AAAUCCCACAUUCGGGAGAACGCUUGACUCUGCAUCCCAACCGACCAGGACUCUCUCUCUCUCUCUCUCUCUCUCUCUACGUACAGUUGAAGCCGCCGUUGCCAGCACUCAGCAGCAGCUUAACUCGACUUCUCGUCCUCUGUCAUCUUCUUCAUCAACAAGCACCAGACAUGCAUGAGCACGCGAUCAGCUGAAAGACCUCUGUCUCUCUCUGUUUCUCUCUGUUUUUCUCUGUCUCUCUGUGUGCGGGUGGGAAAUGGCGGGGAACGAGUGGGUGAACAGCUACCUGGAGGCCAUCCUCGACGUCGGCCCGGCGCUCGACGACCCCAAGUCGUCGUCGCUGCUGCUGAGGGAGAGGGGCCGCUUCAGCCCCACCCGCUACUUCGUCGAGCAGGUCAUUACCGGCUUCGACGAGACCGACCUCCACCGCUCCUGGCUCCGGGCCGCGGCGACCCGGAGCCCGCAGGAGAGGAACACGAGGUUGGAGAACAUGUGCUGGAGGAUAUGGAAUCUCGCUCGCAAGAAAAAGCAGCUUGAGGGAGAGGAAGCUCAACGCAUCGCUAAGCGGCGUCUUGAACAUGAAAGAGGUCGUAGAGAGGCAACAGCCGACAUGUCCGAAGAUUUGUCAUCAGAAGGCGAAAAAGGGGAUUCGGCAACUGAUAUCUCGUCUCAAGGUGGAGAGAGGAUGCCUAGAACCGGCUCUGUUGAUAUCAUGGACAAAUGGGCUAGCAGACAGAAGGACUGCAAGCUUUACCUUGUCCUAAUAAGCCUUCAUGGCUUGGUACGUGGAGAAAACCUGGAGCUUGGCCGUGAUUCUGAUACCGGUGGGCAGGUUAAAUAUGUGGUGGAGCUUGCGAGGGCACUAGGCACAAUACCAGGAGUUUAUCGGGUCGAUCUGCUGACAAGGCAAAUAUCAGCUCCGGAUGUCGACUGGAGUUAUGGGGAACCGACAGAGAUGCUGAGGACAAGAAACUCUGAAUUUCCACUUCAGGAAAUUGGCGAAAGCAGUGGGUCAUAUAUCAUCCGAAUACCUUGCGGCCCUAGAAACAAAUAUGUACAAAAAGAACUUCUCUGGCCUCACAUUCCUGAAUUUGUUGAUGGUGCACUGAGUCACAUCACACAGAUGUCCAAAGUGCUGGGUGAACAAAUUGGUGGUGGCCGACCAGUUUGGCCUGCGGCUAUUCAUGGGCAUUACGCAGAUGCAGGUGAUGCUGCUGCUCUUCUUUCUGGAGCUCUAAAUGUACCCAUGCUUUUUACCGGUCACUCACUUGGGCGUGACAAGCUCGAACAGCUAUUGAAGCAAGGAAGACUGGCAGAGGAAAUAAAUACAGCAUAUAAAAUAAGGCGCCGGAUUGAAGCCGAGGAGCUUUCUCUUGACACUUCAGAAAUCAUCAUUACUAGCACAAGGCAGGAAAUAGAACAGCAGUGGCGCUUGUAUGAUGGCUUUGAUCCAGUAUUAGAGCGAAAACUAAGAGCAAGGAUUAAAAGGGGUGUCAGCUGUCAUGGAAGAUAUAUGCCGCGCUUUGUGGUAAUUCCUCCUGGAAUGGAAUUUCGUAAUAUCGUUCCCCAUGAUGGUGAUAUGAAUGGGGAAGUGGAAAAGAACCCCCCAAUUUGGCCUGAGAUAAUGAGAUUCUUUUCGAAUCCUCGCAAACCCAUGAUACUUGCUCUUGCCAGGCCAGACCCCAAAAAGAACAUCACCACUUUAGUUAAAGCAUAUGGAGAAUGUCACCAACUAAGAGAGCUUGCUAACCUUACUCUAAUUAUGGGGAACCGUGAUGACCUUGAUGAAAUGUCUACCACAAAUGCAGCUGUUCUUCUCUCCAUUCUUAAGCUAAUCGACAAAUAUAAUCUAUAUGGCCAAGUAUCGUAUCCAAAGCACCAUAAGCAAUCUGAUGUUCCUGACAUUUACCGUUUAGCCGCAAAAACAAAGGGGGUCUUCAUCAACCCUGCUUUAAUUGAGCCAUUUGGCCUCACUUUGAUUGAGGCAGCUGCUUAUGGUUUACCUGUUGUUGCCACCAAAAAUGGUGGUCCUGUUGAUAUUCUUCGGGUUCUGGACAAUGGACAACUUGUUGAUCCCCAUGAUCAGCAUGCAAUAGCCAAUGCUCUUCUUAAGCUAGUUUCAGAUAAGCAGCUAUGGUCAAGAUGUAGGGAGAAUGGACUUAAGAACAUUCAUCUUUUCUCAUGGCCAGAGCAUUGUAGGACAUACUUAUCUCGCAUAAUUAGUUGCAAACCAAGAGGGCCACAGUGGCAGAAUAAUGAUGACAAGUUAGAUAAAUCAGAAUCAGAUUCGCCAGGAGAUUCCUUGAGGGAUAUACAGGACAUAUCCCUGAAUUUGAAAUUUACAUUGGAUGGAGAGAAAAGUGAAGGGAACGCCACUUUCCUUGAAGAAAAUGCUGACGAUGCAAAGAGUAAUGUGGAGAACACUGUUUUGACGUUGGCAAAGGGUGUAUUGAGAGGAAUUGCAAAAGGCACGUCAACUGAGAAAGCUAAUGAGGAUAUUGGCGCCGGUGAUUUUUCGACAUUUAGGAGGAGAAAAUGGAUAUAUGUCAUUGCUGUGGAUUGUGAUGCCACUGCAGAUUAUAUUGACAUCAUUAAGAGGAUUAUGGAAGCAACAAGGAAGGAAAAUGCAGCUGGCUUUAUUCUAUCGACAGCCUUGACCAUAUUAGAGGUGCACUCGCUCUUAACAUCAGGAGGAUUGAACUUGACGGAUUUUGAUGCGUUCAUUUGCAGUAGUGGUAGUGACUUGCUCUAUCCAUCAUCAAGCUCUGACGAUGGCCCUUCGGGGCUUCCCUUUGUCAUUGACCUUGAUUACCGUUCACAUAUUGAAUAUCGUUGGGGUGGGGAAGGGCUGAGGAAGACAUUGGUACGUUGGGCAGCCUCCAUUAAUGACAAGAAGAAUGGAGAAAACAUUGUUGCAGAAGAUGAAUCAGGAUCAAGUUCAUAUUGCUUUUCAUUUAAAGUGGAAGAUCAUGAUCUGAUUCCCCCAGUUAAGGAACUCAGAAAACUGAUGAGAAUCCAGGCACUUCGUUGCCAUGUUGUGUGCUGUCAGAAUGGCAGGAAACUCAACGUUAUCCCUGUUUUGGCAUCUCGAGUUCAAGCUCUAAGGUAUCUUUUCGUCCGGUGGGGCAUGGAUCUGUCGAAGUUCGUCGUGUUCGUAGGAGAAUGCGGCGACACGGACUAUGAGGGACUGAUCGGCGGAGUCCAUAAAACCGUGAUACUCAGAGGAUUAGGCUGUGAAUCUCGUAAGUUGCACGCUCAUAGGGGUUACCCUCUCGAGCAUGUCGUUCCAUACGACAGUCCCAACGUCGUAGAGGCCGAAGGAUCUGAUGUCAACAGCAUUACGGAAGCAUUAGCCAAAUUAGGAGUGACGAGGACGUAGCUUCUCCCAGUUUGUGCAUUCCUUUUGUCUAUAACCAAUUGGCUUGUAGAAUAAAAAACUAAGCCUGGUUUGAACAGAGACAUGGAGUCUCAGUGAUUCAACGUCAACACCGAGGCCAUGGGAACUAUGCAAGUAGCUUUUUUGAGAUGAUGAAUUAUUGUCUAGAAAAACAUGUUACGGCGUGAAUAAUAACCAUUCUAUUUUAGAAAUUAA